GACGGUAUGUGCUCUUUUCUGGUGUCUUGAAAAUUUUCCAAAUUUUCCCAAAUAAUUGCAUAAAUAGUGAAUUUUCUGCAUUUAUUCGGUCGAUUGAAGCAUCGAUGCAAAUCAAUAAAGCUAACACAACAGCAAAAUGACAAACUCAAAAGGUUAUCGUCGUGGUACCCGAGACAUGUUCUCGCGUCCAUUCAGAAAGCAUGGUGUUAUUCCACUUUCAACAUAUAUGAAAGUCUACAAAAUCGGCGAUAUCGUUGACAUCAAGGGUAAUGGUGCCGUUCAAAAAGGUAUGCCAUACAAAGCUUAUCACGGUAAAACUGGUCGUGUGUACAACGUAACACCACAUGCUGUCGGCGUUAUUGUCAACAAACGUGUACGCGGAAAGAUUUUGCCAAAACGUAUCAAUGUCCGUAUUGAACACGUUAAGCACUCAAAAUGCCGUGAAGAUUUUUUGCGCCGUGUCAAGGAAAACGAAAAUUUGUUGAAAGACGCCAAAGAAAAGGGCAAAUGGGUAUCGUUGAAACGCGAACCAAAACCACCACGUCAAUCACGCGUUGUGAAAAAUCCACCAACCCCAAUCGCAUUGGCACCAAUUCCAUACGAAUUCAUUGCCUAAGUUAAAAGCCGUUUACAGUUUUUAAUUUUUACAAUUCUUAAUUUGUAUGUGAAAUGAAAAUGGAAGAAAAAAUAAUAAUCAACAACAAAAUGCGAAAAAUAUAAACAA